AUGAGUAACAACACAAAAACUGAUACCAGUGAACUGAAUUUUGAAGGAAGUGUAGACCUUGGGCCAGCACUUCCCCUAAAAUACAAAACACAAGAGCUAGGAGCAAAUGCAAUACAACAACAACAUCCCAAACAACAACAACCCAAAAACAGAGCAGCUGGGGGAAGAACGCACAAGCUAGCAGUACCAAGCACACACAUCACGCCCCAAGCACACAGGAUAACUCAAUGCAACAACAUCCAUCAAAGGGGACAGGCCAUGGGCAUAAGCAACCAACGCAGUAGCACAUCCAAGGCAAAACAGCCCAGCAGAAAACAACAGGACAGCCCAGAAAAGAGACAAAAAUCCUCACCAAAUGACCAGAAAAUCGAAAAGACCAUGGAGAGCACAGAGAAGUGCAGUGGAGCACUGCAAUUGUGGAAAGAAGGCACAACUACACUACAACAAAGAGAAGAAGACACAGCACCUUGUAACAGUGGGCAGCCCAAGAUAGCUCAGCUCAAACAAGCUUCAGGAAGGUUCCCUUGCUGCAGCAGAAUUGCAUUUUGUUGA